AUGGCUUCCACUAGCACCAAUGGAGCGUCGUCUCCCAACAGCUUCACCGUCAAGGCCGGUCUGGCUCAGAUGCUGAAGGGUGGUGUGAUUAUGGACGUCGUCAAUGCUGAGCAGGCCCGCAUUGCGGAAGAGGCCGGUGCUGCCGCCGUCAUGGCUCUUGAGCGGGUGCCUGCCGAUAUCAGAGCCCAGGGUGGCGUUGCCCGCAUGUCCGACCCCAGCAUGAUCAAGGAGAUCAUGGCUGCUGUCACCAUUCCCGUCAUGGCCAAGGCCCGUAUUGGACACUUUGUUGAGUGCCAGAUUCUCGAAGCCAUUGGCGUCGAUUACAUUGACGAGUCCGAAGUCCUUACCCCCGCCGACGAUGUCUACCAUGUGAAGAAGCAUGAUUACAAGGCUCCCUUCGUCUGCGGUUGCCGCAACUUGGGCGAGGCUCUGCGUCGUAUUGCCGAGGGUGCCGCCAUGAUCCGCACCAAGGGUGAGGCCGGUACUGGAGACGUUGUGGAAGCCGUCAAGCACAUGCGCACCGUCAAUGCCCAGAUCGCCCGCGCCCGCGGUAUCCUCCAGAACGCUACCGAUCCCGAGAUUGAGCUGCGCGCCUAUGCCCGCGAGCUCGAGGUACCGUAUGAGCUUCUCCGCGAGACCGCGGAGAAGGGCCGUCUGCCCGUCGUCAACUUCGCUGCUGGUGGCGUUGCCACUCCCGCUGAUGCCGCACUCAUGAUGCAGCUGGGCUGUGACGGAGUGUUCGUUGGCUCUGGUAUCUUCAAGUCCGGUGAUGCGAAGAAGCGUGCCAAGGCCAUUGUCCAGGCUGUGACUCACUUCAAGGACCCCAAGGUUCUUGCUGAGGUCAGCGAGGGCCUGGGUGAGGCCAUGGUUGGCAUCAACGUCUCUCAGAUGGCCGAGUCCGACAGACUGGCCAAGAGAGGAUGGUAA